AUGGAUAUCCUCGUCGGCGGAGCACCAGGACGGGCCGAGAAAACGCGCGCACUAGGCGGAAGUGGUGGUGGCCCUCGUGAUGAAGGUACCAGCCGUCCUGCCGCCGGCGAGGGAGGGAGUGCGACAGCGGGCAGCGGCAGCGUCGGACCGGGGACAACGGCGGCCAGUGGAAGGAAGCGGAUUAGUUUCCCUCGCUCCGCUUUCCUGGGAUUCAGCCGCAGCGCUCAGAGAUCGAUGAGCAGCUACUCAUUUGUUCAGCACGACCCGGCUAGCCGGGCUGGUGGAGUUGGAGGCGGAGAUGGCGACGGUGCUGGGGGCGUUCGUGCCUCCCAGUCGACACCUGCGGCGGAGGCAGGCCCGGGACUUGCCGUUGAUGCGGGCAGGGGGACACUACCGGCGACAUCUGUUGACUUCGCCGGCGGCGGCGAGGAAAAGGCGAACGGCAGCCCCAAGGAUAAUCGAGCAGCACCACGUGACAACGGUGGCGACGGUGACGUGCAAUACGUCAACUUCAACGGCCAUGGCGGCCGGGCCGGCGGCGUUGUUGCCCUCAGGAGGGGGGACGGCGUCGCUGCAGUGGAGAUAGAGGGCGACAGAUCGGUGUCCACGACUGGAUAUUCCUCGUUCUUGAAGCCUUUGCAAGCAGAACAGGACGAAGAAGAAGCGAAGCGGAAAAUGGACGCCUUACUGUUGUCUGGCAGGUGGAGAUAG